AUGCAUUGCCUGGAAAGCCGAGCUGAGAGGAACUCAACUAAAAGGAAACCCACAGCACCACCGCCUGAGUUCUGAUUCUGAAUCCCUUUCUCUUCUCUCUCGUCCCACUCUUUUCAAUUUACCAAUCUCAAUACUAGCGUACUACUCUGUAUCUAUGCAAAUCUCCUCUGUUCUGCCUUCUUCUGGGUACAUGAGCUAAGUUGAAGAACUCUGGUGGACUUUUUUCGUUUUUUCCCAUUUCUGGUAAAUCUGACCAUCCAUUAUCCUUUCCCGUUAAGAUCAGGGGACAAACGGAAAACGCACUUGCCUUUCUCCAUCGCCAGCUACCACCCAUCUUCACUGCUCUGUCUUUGUCUCUGUUUCUGUUUCUGGGUAUUGAGGGGGGAAAGAAAAGAAAAUAUCUUGUUAGUGAAGUGAAGUUUUUUUUUAUAGAGCGAGAUGGGGGAAACAGGGCAUGGGCAUAACCACAACCACACGCCGCCGCCGCCGCAGCAGCCGGCGGGGCCUCCGCCGCUUGCCGUUUCAAAGGGGCCAAUCUGGACUCCCGCCGAGCAGCUCCAGCAGCUUCAGUACUGCAUCCACUCCAACCCUUCUUGGGCGGAAACCGCAUUUCUGGCUUUCCAGCACUACAUUGUGAUGCUUGGCACUAUAGUGAUAAUUGCUAGCAAUCUCGUGCCUCGAAUGGGCGGCACUCAUGGUGAUAAAGCCCGCGUGAUUGAGACACUGUUGUUUUUGGCGGGAAUAAAUACGCUGCUUCAAACGCUCAUUGGGACGAGGCUUCCAACUGUGAUGGGAGCAUCUUUUGCAUACACUAUACCUGUGUUGUCGAUCAUAAAGGAUCUAUCGAAUGAGAACUUUGCCGAUGAGCACGACAGAUUUGUCCACACUAUGAGGACAAUUCAAGGAGCGCUAAUCGUUUCUUCGUUUGUCAACAUCAUCUUGGGGUACAGCACAAUAAUCGGGAAUUUGACCAAACACUUUAGUGCCAUAGUUAUUGUCCCGGUGAUUGGAGUUGUUGGCCUUGGUCUUUUCACCAGGGGAUUCCCAAUGCUUGCCAACUGUGUGGAGAUUGGUCUGCCUAUGCUGCUACUGCUUGUCUUUUGCCAGCAGUAUUUGAAGCACCUCCAUUCGAGGGCCCAUGCACUACUCGAGAGAUUUCACUUGCUUUUCUGCCUCGGAUUCGUUUGGGCUUUUGCUGCUAUCCUUACCGCUGCUGGUGCUUACAACAACGUUGCGCCCAUAACUCAACGAAGUUGCCGCACAGAUCGAUCAUUUCUCAUAUCGUCUGCUCCAUGGGUCAGAGUUCCGUAUCCAUUCCAAUGGGGUCCGCCCAUAUUUAGAGCAAGCCAUGUCUUUGGGAUGAUGGGGGCUGCACUUGUUACAGCUGCUGAGUCAACCGGGACAUUCUUUGCUGCAUCACGUCUAGCAGGGGCAACACAUACUCCGGGACAUGUUGUCAGCCGAAGUAUUGGUCUUCAGGGUAUAAGCUUGCUAAUUGAUGGAAUCUUUGGUGCUCUCGUGGGUACCACAGCAUCUGUUGAAAAUGUUGGCCUUCUCGGGCUCACACACAUAGGAAGCCGUAGAGUGGUGCAAAUAUCGACUGCUUUCAUGUUCUUCUUCUCCAUAUUUGGGAAGUUUGGUGCCUUAUUUGCAUCCAUUCCUCUUCCAAUAUUUGCUGCCAUUUAUUGUGUUGUAUUCGGAAUAGUUGCCGCAGUUGGAAUCUCAUUCAUGCAGUUUGCAAACAGCAACUCCCUGAGAAACCAUUAUGUCCUUGGCUUAUCUCUGUUCCUUGCUAUAUCCAUCCCUCAAUAUUUCGUCGGCAACACCUCCAACGAUGGCCGUGGACCUGUUAGAACAAAUGGCGGAUGGUUCAACGACAUAUUGAACACGGUGUUCUCGUCGGCACCUGCUGUGGCCAUAAUCGUGGCGGCGAUUUUAGACAACACCCUGGAGAAGGAAGCGGUCAACGACAGAGGGGUCCCAUGGUUGAAGCCGUUCCAGCACAGGAAGGGAGAUCCCAGAACUGAGGAGUUCUAUAGCCUUCCACUCAGAGCACAUGAAUGGCUGCCUUCCAGGUUCCGUAACUAGUUCGAUCCAUCGACAUACCCCUUUGAUCAAUGUCCUUCCAGCCUCCCUUCCCUCUGGCUUCUAUAUCUGUACAUUACUUGAACUUUCUUCGAUAUACCGGGCAAGGACCAACAUUUACAUGUUUAAUAUAUGUAAUGUGGCGCCUUUUCUCCCUUUUUGGUCCAGAUAAAGUUCUUAACUUUAGGCUUUAGCCAUGUUGUACUAGGUUCUUAGUUUUGUUGGGUUUGCUAGCUUUUUGAGGGUCUUGGAGCCGAUUUUGAUGGUCAGGUUAAAGGCCGUGGGUCCUGAACGUCCCUUGAAUUAUUCUUGCAUUUUCUGGUCCCCUAAUGUUUGGAGGUUACAGUUCUUCAAUUGUCGAUUGACGAAAUGGUUAGUUAAAGUUGAGAUCCCUGGUUCUGGAAGAACUGUCGGUUCGAUUGAUUGGUACAGCUUUGUUUAUGUUGUAAAUGGCACGGUCAAGUAACGGGUGAUGUCUUCUGAAGAUGGUAAGCUGAAAUGUAGGGUGUUUUUGAAGAAGCCAGCAGGUGUGUGGCAUGGAGACUACUAUGAAUGUUGAAACUCAGAAAUGUGGUCUUAUGGGGCAGGGCCAAUCAGCUGAUUAACGUACUUCUGAGUUCUGAUGCUGUCGAGUAGCGC